AUGUCAAACUAUAGUAAGGUCGCUAUUUUCUGGGAUUAUGAAAAUUGUAGCCCUCCCUUGAAUUCGCAAGGACAUGCCAUUGUAAAUGGUAUUCGACGAAUUGCUCAUGUCUUCGGAUACGUCACAUCGUUCAAAGCAUACCUUGAUGUAUCCUCACAGUCCCCCAAGUCUGUCGGAUUUCGCUCCGACCUCCAGUCCUCCGGGGUGUCCAUGACCGACUGUCCCCACAACGGCAGGAAAGACGUCGUGGACAAGAUGAUUCUUGUGGAUAUGCUUGCAUUUUCCAACGAUCAUCCUCCGCCUGCCACCAUUAUCCUGAUAGCCGGUGACCGAGAUUAUGCCUAUGCCGUAUCAACCCUCCGCCUUCGACAGUAUAAUGUCGUUCUCAUCGUACCUCCGGCGCCAAAUGUUCCACAGAGUCUAGAGUCUCAGGCUUCUGUUGUGGUGGAUUGGAAUUUCGCUAUUCUUGGAAAACACACAGAAGCCGACACAUCACCGGUACGGCAACCUUAUCGUAAUCUUGAUGAGGAUAUCAUCGAGCGGUUGUCGCGGGAAGUACGAGAUUUGAAUGAAGAU